UGGGCCAGUGGCAGAUCCAGCGGGGGUGAUUGGAGCAUUCGCUCCCCUAGCACACAGUCCGUCUGACUCCUUUAUCACAGCUCUCCGCUGAAUGGGGCUGUACAGAUAAGGGAAAGGGCAGCGAUCCUGUACUGAACAGGUUAAAAGAUCUGCCCUUAUCUAUACAGCCCUGUUCAGCCGUUGUGCUUGAUGAGGCUGCCGCUGUGUUGUGAUCAGGGGUCGCGUGCCUGGCAGCGAUGAAGAAUUCGGCAUGUGGACUGCAGGCAGCGCUCCGUCUAAGGCACAUAGCUCCUGCACAAAGGCCAGCAUCUAACUGCAGUCAGACAUAAUUUAAGUCACCCUGAGAGAAGAACAUCAUGGAGACACCCUGCAACACAGAGCAGACCUACAACGAUGAGUUUAACCCAUUAGAUUACUACAAUACAUACUAUGCUCCAGGAGAAGGAAAGCUUACUGGAGAAUGGACAGACUUUGUGUUUCGGAAUCUUCAUGAAACCUUUUCUCCAGGUGGUGUAAGAGGAGACACUUUGAUUGAUUUUGGAUCUGGACCGACCAUCUACCAAGUCCUUACUGCUUGUGACGUCUUUAACAACAUAAUCCUUUCUGAUUUAUUUGAACAAAACCGAGCUGAACUUCAGAAAUGGUUGAGGAAGGAUCCCGAUGCUUUAGAUUGGACUCAUAUGAUCAAAUGUGUAUGCGAGCUUGAAGGGAACAGGGAGAAUUAUAAGGAAAAAGCUGAGAAGCUCCGCAGUAAGGUGAAACAGGUCCUGAAAUGUGAUGCACUGAAAAGUAACCCUUAUGAUCCUAUUGUUCUGCCUCCUGCUGAUUGUCUCCUCACCUGCCUCUGCCUUGAAACCCCCUGUAAGGACAUUGAAUCAUAUUGCAAUGUUUUGAAAAAUUUUAAAAACUUGCUUAAACCUGGGGGACACUUAUUGGUUUUGGGUAUGGUAAAUUCCACCUUUUACUCUGUUGGUAACAAACGGAUUACUGUCUUGACCGUAUCACAAAAUGACCUUGAGAUGGCUUUUAAAAAGGCUGGUUAUGAAAUAAAGAAAUUGGUAGUUACUCCUCGGAUAGAUGUGUCAAGGAAGGAUAUUUUUGACGCUGGCAGUAGGUAUUUUGUCCAUGCCUGUACACCAAAGUAAUGGGAAGGCGGUCAUUAAUCACUCUGGAAACAAAUUGAAAAAUCUACAUAUUGUGUUUGCAUUGCCUUUUCUUUACAAUCAUUCAUCUCUCUUUUCACAGAUCAUCACUUUAUAUUGAUGCAUUUACAUUUUUGGCCACAUAUAACUAAUGUGACUCUUAUUCUUAAGCUUCAUUUACUAAUUAUUAUUAAUAUUCCUGGAUAGUUGAAUCCAUAUUUGUACAUGUUUGACAUAUUGUAAUACCAAAUUAAAGCCUUUUGGUUUUUAACUUGCUGUCCUAUCCAACAUAAACAUACAUUUCAGUUAAAUUGCAAUAAAAUUAUCACUAUAAUUAGAAAACAUUUAAAACAGAAACACAUUCAAUAAUAAAAAGUAAAUAAACUACUCCCUGUGCUUGCUGAUUUAUAAACUUUAAAUUUCACUAAGUGACAGUCUUUAUUCUGUAUAUCUUUACACGUGCUUACCCAUUGUAACUUACGGGCUGUUUUGCUAUUAUACAGUAUGUAUUAAUAUAUUCUUUGUUAAUAAAGUUUAUGAAAGAAAGUAA